UCCCGUCCCCUCCCCUCCCCUCCCCUUCGCUCGGUCUGCCGGGGCCGGGAGCGAGUCCGGUUUGGCGUGGCAGGAAACAAAAUGAGGAUCAAACUUGUUGAGAAACUUCAAAGCAAGAACAGCUUCCUGAAUGCUUUGGAAUAAGGAGGCCGGGACAGGGUUUCCCACCUCAGACUCGGGUCCCUGGGCCAGUGACAUGUGGUUGACUUGAGGGGCCGCCAAGGAUGGAGGCCGAGGAGCCUGGGGACAGAGCUGACCACGACUCAGGGCGGCCGGUCCUUGCACCGGAUGGGAACGGGAGCCCGCUGCUGCCUCAUGAAAACCCUCUGCCCCCACAGAUCAUCUCCGCAGCCGGGAGCUGGGCGGUGGCGAGCCAGGAGGGUGAGGUGGCUUCUCCUCCCCUGAGCCGCAGGGAGAGGAUUCCUCUGGCCCCCCCGCUGGACACGCCGGGGCUGGAGGAGGGGGCCGCCGGUGCCUUUGAGGGCGGAGACCUCUCCUCGGCGGAAACACCUGUCCGAAACCUGGCUGGGCCGGAGAGAGAACAGGAGCCUGACCGUCCCCCACAGGAGUCCGAGGAUUCGGGACCCAGCCAUCCUGGGCUCCUCACCCCCUCGGAUGGAACCCAGGCCACAGGGGUGGAGUCAGAUGGUGAGACUCUGCAGGCCCCUGGCCCUGGGCAAUCGGUCGAUAGCCGGCGGCAUGGUCGGGUGAGCGGGACCGUGUCUCCGUCAUCCUCUUCCACGCUGUCCCCGUCCAGCACGGAUGAAAUGUGCAUAGGAGACCGAAGCUGUGACACACAGAGUCCCGAGUCACUGUGGCUGGACCCGUCGGCGCUGGACACCCCCGGGGCGCUGGACGCUGCCUCCCCCAGUCCCUGUGACGUUGACCUGCAGCCUGCCGGGGUUCCCGCCGCCUUGGUUCGUGACGAUCCUCGCUCGUAUCCGCAGAGUAGCAGCAGUGAUGGCGACGGGGUCAUCGGACCGGCCGGUGUGGGAUUAGAGACUGUGGGGGUCGGCCCCCAGGUUUCAGGAGGAGAAGAUCUCCCGGCUGGACCGUCCACACCGGAGCCGCCCGGCGACUUGUUGGCUGAUCAAAAGACCAGUGUCCUGGGACGGGGGACGCCGGGCCCCCCUGCAGCAGCCCAGUGCUCGUCCAGAAGCAGACCUGGUCACUCGGGCAUUGAGCGCCCUCUGCCUGUGGCGUCCGGGGACGGUCCACGCCAGCCAGAACCUCGGCCUCAGGACAAGGGGGAUGUCACCAGAGAAAUUCCGGCAGUGCCCGGGAAACCCACCCCCAAGGGGAGCAGAUCGGCCCCGGGGUCCGCGGGCCUGACCUCGCUGGAGCUCCGGGGUGAGCUCACGUACAUAGUUCUGAGCCCCGGUCCCGGAGCCUGCACCUCCACACCCAUCCCGGGAACCCAGGUCAAGUUUCCAUCUGCGGCGUUGGACAAGCUCCUGGUCAGCUCGUGCCAGGAGGGAAAAGCGGGCGCAGGGGCACGGGGUGGAAAGGGCUUGUUGGCCAAAAAUCUGGGGCCCCCGACGGGGUCGGCGGCCGGGAAGCUGAACCCCAGACCCGGUACCCCAGCUGGGGGCCGCUUGCGGAAAGCCCAGAUCGUCAGCUUCCCGAGGCCCAACUUCCAGAACGUCCGACCGAAGGUGAUCUCACGGCUGGUGCCCAGCGAUCGGGUGCCGGUCCGAUCCCCGCAGGUGUCCGCUUCCCCGCGGCUGCCAGCCGCCGGUCCCAGACCGCCGUGCUCCGUGCGACCGGGAGCUACGGUCCCCGCCCUCGCCGGUAAGGCCGGCAAGCAGCCGCCGCUCAGCCGGCCGAGCCCGGGCCCCGCCGGACAGGGAGCUGCCCGCUUCAGAAAUGCCGGCUCCCAGGCCCCCUGGGUGGCACCGGGGACCAGGCCUUCCGGCCCCCAGGGGCUGGCCGUGCCCGCUGCCGCGGGGGUCCACCGGAGGCCCCGGCCUCCCCUGGACAGUCAGAGGGAGAGUACUAGGGUUCUGGGGGAGACAUUCAGCCCGAGCAGCGAACCCCAUGGGAGCCGAGGGCCGGAGCCGACGAGGGAGAAGCUGGACGAGACCUACGACCGGGCACCUCUGGACUGGGUCUCUGGAGGUGCCGCCAAGACCCCGUUGGGCCACAGCCCCCCUUCCCAGACCAGCCCUCUGAGUUGUGGCGAGGUUCCGGUCCUCCCAGCCGCCGGCGGGAACUCCUCACUCUCUCCACACCAGAACGGCAAUGGCAGAAACGUCCGUCCCAACCCAGCCACGUCUCCUCCAAGGGAACAGCCUCCCACUGCCUCCAGAAAUCCGGCAGUGGCGUGUGGGAGGGCAUCGUUUCUGAAACGCUGCCUCCCCUCCGGCACAGGGGAAGAUCCCGCGUCUCCACGCAGGAGGCCCGUCGCCAAGAAGGUCUGCCCGGUGACAGGAGCCGUGCCCAGAUUGCAGCUGCCCCCGGCGGGGCCCGUGCGGCUGAGGACGCCCAGCGGCUCUUCGAUCAGCAGCUCUCGGAGCGGUGGCAGCACGAGCAGUGGGAGUGCCAUCAAUGCCGCCUUCAUCAAGAACCGGAAGAACCCUCUCCCCACGUUUUCCAAUGGCAUCCCAGCGCCUGUGUUCCCGAAGCCCCCAGCUCCUAGGGUCCGGUUGCCCUCCGCAAGGAGCCCAGCGAAAGGGACGAAGAGCAAGGUUGCUGCAAGUGGCCCUGGCCUGGCCCCGUCCCCUAGGGGACCGAGCAGGGCUGCUGAUGCCAAGACCAGGCCGUUUCUGGGCUCAAGGCAGAAUGUGUCCAGGCUCCUCUUUCCGGCCUCCAAUCUGGUGGAGAGGAGCAAGGAGAAGACCGGAGGCAGGCCGGGCCCCCACCUGCCAGCGUCUCCAGACCGGCCCCCUCCGGACAGCGGCCCUGAGCUGGCCCGGAUCAGAGCCACGAGUGAGAAGCAGCACGGCACCAUCCUGCAGCUGCGGCGCCUCCUGGUCAGCGGUUCCCGCGGGGUCGAGGCAUUGGCCGUGGUGAUCCAACACCUGCUGGCUGAGCGGGAGGAGGCACUCAAACAGCGCAAAGCCGCUUCGCAGGAACUGGCCACCCUGCGGGAAGAGCUAGUCUUGGCCUCGACCGCCCGAGAGCAGCUGGAGAGGGACAAGCGGGACCUGCAGACGACGUAUGAAGGGUUAAUUCAGAAGCUGGACCAACACUACCAGGCCGACCGGACCGAGCUGGAGGAGCGGCUCCGGGACUUCUACACCGCCGAGUGCGAGAAGUUGCGGACGCUGUGCAUCCGGGAGGCUGAGAAUUACAAGGAGCAGCUGCAGGGCCAGGUCGACACCCUGAAGACAUCCCACGAGGCCUUCAAGCAGGCGUGCGAGUCCAGCCAUGCGGAGAAAAUAGACCUGCUGAGGGAGGAAUACGAGACGUCGCUCUCGGAAAUCAAGAAGAGCCACGAGCAGGAGAGGAAGUCUCUGGAAGACUCCCUACUAGAGAGACGGGAGCUGCUGGAGAAACAGAUCCUCGAGCUCCAGGCCGAGAAUGAGGCUGUCGGGGAGAGGCUGAAGCAGGAGGAACAGCGGAGGCUCUCCAGGGAGAAAGCAGAUCAAAACCCCCAGCUCAUGUACCUGGAGCAGGAGCUGGAGAGCCUGAGAGCCGUGCUGGAGAUCAAGAACGAGAAACUGCACCAGCAGGACAUCAAGCUGCUGAAGAUGGAGAAACUGGUGGACCACAACGCGGCCUUGGUGGAGAAGCUGCAGCGACUUCAGCAGGAGAACGAAGAGCUGAAAGCCCGCAUGGACAAGCACUUGGCAUUCUCCAGGCAGCUUUCAACGGAGCAGGCAGUCCUGCAGGAGUCACUGGAGAAGGAGUCGAAGGUCAACAAGCGCCUGUCCAUGGAGAAUGAGGAGCUGCUAUGGAAACUGCACAACGGCGACCUCUGCAGCCCCCGGAGAUCCCCCCCGGCCCCGCGGGACCCCAGCCCCAGUUCCUCCCCGAGAUGACGUCGGCCCGCCCCGCGCUGCUGAACUGGAACUGGACACCGGAUGUCGGAAACGGCUGGUCCGGUACCACGGGAGGACAGGGCUGCACACGGCGCGGGCCGGGGAUUGCACACGGCACUUGGGGCGGAGGGCUGGUCCUGCCCGGCCCAGGGGAGGAUCCGAUCCGGGGCCGGGGAGGCCGCUGCCCGGGGUGAGGGUUGUGGGGGGAGGGGGGUGCCUGCCGCCGUCACCGCCUGAUGAAAGCCGGACAGCCGGUGCUGCCACCAGCUUCGCUCAGCCAGAGGUUGUCCCUGUGAAGGCCCAAGCUGUCAACGGGCAAAGUCAGAGGUCAAACUAGGAAUCCCCUCUUCCCCUCACAUCCACCCUUGGGGCCGGUCUCUUUCUGAGGGUCUGGGUGGGUUGGCGGCGGUUGUCCUUUCCCGGAGUCCAGCUGGAAAGGCUGCCGGACUUCCGGCCCCACCCAGAGCAGCAGGCAUAGAGGACGCCACGUGGAGCAUUAAUUAAUUAAUUGAUUGAUUGGAGCCCCCGAAUCUCAUUAUCCCACACUGGGACACCUCCCCGCCACCGCGUCCACCCACCGUCCGCUGCUUUAGAUAAUUGCGGGAGAGAGGGAUCCGGGCAGAGAAACCCGGGUGGGUGCCCGGGGGCGAUCAGGGACCCAGCCUCACCUGCGAUAGUGGGGAGGGACCGGCGCGCCGGGAGCCAGAGGAGUGCCUGCCGCCAUUACGGGAAGAGGCUGGAGAAGGCCUUCCCAGCCACGCGUUCCACCUAGGGAAAGCCAGCCUGGCUUGUGGAGACCGGAUGAGGUAGCUGGUCCCGUUUGAGCCGGUCCAGGCGGCCCAGAUGCGGUAGUCGGUUCUGUCCGUGCCGUUCCAGUCGACCCGGAACACCCUCGAAGCCGAAGUGGUCGCCGGGGGAGAGUCCAACGCUGAUGGCGGCCAUUGCCUGCCUUGUGCUGGCCUUGGGCUUGGAUGGGUUUGGCUCCUAAGCUUUUCCGGCACUUCUGACCACAAAUCCCUGAAGCUCGCCGGGGCGGGCGGGGUCACCUCUGAGUGGAACCUCCCUGAGUCAAAGGCGGCAGCGGUGGCGGCAGGUCAUGUGUUUUGCAGUUGGUGGGUGUUUAAUAAAUGCAUUUUUACUGAUUUCA